UGGCACGGCAAGUCCCUGGCCACUGGGGAUGGGGGACAACAGGGUCCCAUGGGGGAAGGCGAGUGCCCAGCCCUGCCCCAGGCCCGGGUGACUGCACGUCUGAGGCUCCUUAUCGGCCAACCCAGCCGGCAGCCCCACCGCCCAGCUCUCUGCCGGGUAUACCGUUCUGUCAGGAUUGCUGCCAUGGUACUUAAAGUCUUCUUUCCAUCAUGCUGCUCCUCAGCAGAAAGUGGCAUUUUGAUCGGCCGCUGGAUCUCAGAACAGAACUCUGCCGUUAUCCUCGCUGUGGUCCAUUUCCCUUUUAUUCCUGUCCAGGUGAAGCAGUAUCUCAGCGAAGUCGAACGGGUGACUAAAGUCAGUGUUUCUGUGCUUGGCUCGUGGAGCAACAGCAAGCAGGAGAAAGAAAAGAGUCUGAGUGAGUUCUUGGAGGACCUUGGGACAAUAUUCUCCCAUGAGCCCUGGAUUCAGAUAAGCAAAGAAGGAGACAGCAAAUUCUGGAGCUGUUCUACACUUCAGAAACACUCUAACAACCCUAAGGAAGAAGAAAUCAUCUUAGUGUACUAUGACCAGCGAAAAGUCAUGCUUUCCCAUUUACAUCCCCCUUUGGCCACUGACCCCAAGGCAGAUGAUGCUUCAAAGCUCUCUGCCAUCUUUGACACAGUUGCGAAGAGCAAGAUACUGUUCAUGACGGACAGAUACGAUGAUGGGCCCAUCAAGCUGACCCACUGGCAGUCAGAUGGUGUUGAAGCGAGUAUCAUCGUGGAGCUGAUGAAGCAAGCUUCUGUGCCUGCCUGCAUGCUGCUGACAUUCCUGCUUUCACUUAUCUCUGGGAUCUGCAGGAGCAGGGUGCUGAAGUUUUGGCCUUUAUCUUUCUUAUGGAGCAAACUCUCAAUUUGUGAGCAGCUGGGACAUCGCCUGCAGCACCUCCAGGUCGUCAGCAGCAACAAGAAGGCUCAAAACCAGACUCAACUAAUGAGGAAAGCCAACAUCUUUGUGUCUCUGCUGAUUGAUGUGGCUCUGGGGAUACUGCUGAUGUCCUGGCUGUACAGAAAGAACCGAAUUGGUCACCUCGCUGACACUCUAAUCCCCGUGGCUGAUCAUGUGGCUGAAGAGCUCCAGGACCUGCUGCAGUGGCUAAUGGGAGCGCCAGCUGGACUGAAAAUGAACAGAGCUUUGGAUCAGGUUUUGGGCCGCUUCUUCCUUUACCACAUCCAUCUUUGGAUUAGCUACAUUCACCUGAUGUCCCCAUUCAUCGAGAUGAUCCUCUGGUAUGUCGGUCUGUCGGCUUGUCUGGGCCUGACCGUGGCUCUCUGCAUCCUCUCCGACAUCAUUGCACUUCUGACCUUCCACAUCUACUGCUUCUAUGUCUAUGGAGCCAGGCUCUACUGCUUGAAGAUCUGUGGCCUGUCAUCUCUCUGGCGCUUGUUCCGCGGGAAGAAGUGGAAUGUCCUCCGUCAGCGGGUGGAUUCCUGCUCCUACGACUUGGACCAGUUAUUUAUUGGCACUUUGCUAUUUACAAUCCUGCUGUUCCUCCUGCCUACGACUGCACUGUAUUAUUUGGUGUUCACCCUGCUCCGUUUGCUGGUGGUGGUUGUACAAGGCCUGAUACAUUUGCUGGUUGACCUGAUUGACUCGCUGCCCCUUUAUUCAAUCAUCCUUCGGCUCUGCAGAUCCUACAGACUCGCAGCUGGUGUGAAGUUCAGAGUCCUUGAGCAGCAGGAUGGAAAACCCCUUCGUCUCCUCAUGCAGAUCAACCCUCUGUCCUAUGGCAGUGUGGUACAGACAUAUAGGCUGCCAACCUACAGCUGUUACCCUAGGGAUUCCUGGACAUCUCUCUGCAAAAAGCUGUUCCUCGGAGAGCUAAUCUACCCCUGGAAACACAAAGGAGAGAAGCAGGACUGAAGACAGCAAAAGAGCUUGAAAGACUUGGUUUGAAAACCAUAUUGAAACUUAAAGCUUUUGGACCAAAGGAAUCUCAGAGCCAGCAGCUGCUGGACCCCUUGAAUUAGAUUUUGGUAACAUGGAAGGGACUGAAAUUUUAAAGGCAAGUAUUUUUAAACAUUCUUUUUUGACCUUCCCCUACACUGUGUUUGCAUAAUGUGCUAAUAAUUAUUUUUGAAGCAAAAGGUUAAACCCAUCAGUGCCUCAUGGAACCAGCAUUUAGUCUAAUCGAGGCUGUACCUCCCGAGUGGUUUGAUGAUGUAUAUAUCCUUCCGUGUAAGCUCACAGGGCUGUAUUAGAACAGCCUUUCAGGUGCUUCAAAGCCACAAUGCUGAGGUGCAUUCUGCCAAAGGGUAUUUUGGACCAUUUAUGCUUCAGCCUUCAAGCCAGCUGAUCAAAACCAAGACGAAGUAUCAGCUGGUAGAGUCAUACACUGAAAACUGUACAGCGGGAUUAUCUGGGCUCAUAGGAUAUUUGUUCUUUUCUUUGUGGGUGGGCGUGCAUUCACCCCCACUGCAGCACCAGAGGAGGUGUUAAGCGUAGAAGCAGCGGUGCUGAAGGCCAAGAAACACAGACUGCUGGACAUUCGUGCCUAUAUGGUCUCAUCUACAAUUUUAAAAUGCCAGUAGUGUUUGGGGAGAGCUGAGCCCUGAGCUGACACCAGAACCGAAGUGCAGAGCACACAGCCUCAGACCCCAGACUUCCCCCAGGUUUACAUGAGCAGUAAACCAGGCUCUGCCAAAGCUUGUGACUUCUGCGGUUAGUUGCAGUGUAAGGCGAACACAGCUUUGCUGAUUCCAGCUCUGUCUGGUGUGUCUGCCAGAGCACUGCAACAGCCUGGCUUGUUACCCAGCGUGGCCAGCGCAGGGAAGCGUGUGCUGCGCUCCCUUCCAGGGUCAGUACAUCCUCCCCGUUUCUCAGGACCCAGGUGAGAGCCUCGUCAUGUGGUGCCUCAUCUUUUGCACUUUCUGAUAAUCAAGAAGCUCUUAAAGUUAUCUCAGAUAUGAGGUAUUUAAAGCCACUACUUUCCCUGAAACUGUAGACAUGUUUCUCUUAAGAGAGAUCUCCUGCUUUGGAUACUACCUCCACAGUGCAGCAGUGCUCGGCUUUUUGGUGGCCUGGUCUGAUUGUGUGAUUUUGAUGUGAGUCUUCUAUUCCUUGUCUUGGUGAAAGUGCCUCUGUGCACAAGAGUGUGAUGUCCCACUGGGUACUUUGUUGUUGUGUAGACAUUUACAUGCAUUUGUUACCCAGAAGUAGGCUGCUUUCAGGUCUGCUAGCUCCUCUUGCUCCAGCUGAAACAGGGAUGUAGGAUCACUGUACCCUGCUGCUGUUUUACACACCCAAAGUGACUGCAUUAACUAGCAGGUGAGAGGGGUGCUGCAUCCUGCUCCCUUUUCCUCUGUCUGUUCAAGCAACCAAGAACAGAGGAGGAAGAGGGGGAUGAGUUGUGGCUGUGUUGCUCAGCCCUUCUCUGCAGGGCUGCCUGCACAUCCCAGCGGGAGCAGGAGGAGACAAGGCAAGGAGCCUCGGCACGGUGCCCUGGACUUCAGUAGCCUUCACUCAGCACUUCCACUGGCAGGAUAAGUGUUUCCUAUUCCAGCCCUGUGUCUCAGCCAGGUACGUGGAGCUGUCCCUGAAGAGAUGGCUCCCCUGCUUUACAAUGUCCCUGAUAUAUUUGGUUUGUCUGUAGCUGCUAAAAGCCUCUUGUGGUAUAGCCUCUGCCUCUUCAGUCAUAGCUUGAUCAGGAGAAAAUGAAGCUCUGUAGGCAGGUGCUUGGUCCAGCCAUUCCUUAGCAGGCAAACACAGGAGCCACCAAGGUCUUACAGUUUUCUUAAGGUCAUUGUGAAGGGAGGCAGCAUCAUGUGAGCACUGCUACCCAGAGAGGAUGUCCUGCUACCUUGUCCAGGGAAGAAGGACACAUCGGUGAAGAAAGACAGUGUGGCAAAAGCCCCUAAGCCCUCUCUGCCACCGCAGGCUCUGGAUGGGACGUCACUGGCUGCAGAACCUGGAGAGAUCUCCAUUCUUCUUUAAUGGUCAGUGCUUAAAACUCAUGUACAAAUACAGUGUCAUCUUCUCUUGCAAUAUCAAUGCCCAAGUGUUUCUCUCCCCUCUAGAUGUGAAUAGCUCCAGGUUAUGAUCCAUUUAAUAGAUGAAUUGUCUGGAUAAUAUUUCUCACUUCAGCUUAAGUCAGUCAUGGAGAGCCAUCCUUACCUGCCACUCAGCAGAGCAAAUUUACACUUUAUUUCCCUCUCAUGUUUCCACUAGAGCUACUAAAUGACAUUCCCCCUGCUUCUUCCCACGCCUGCUUAGUUUGGUUUACUGAUUGCUGUGAGAAACUUCAUUGUUUUUGGUCUUGUGAAAAUUAUGUUUCUAAUAUCCUGGGUUUAAAAGUCUUUUUGUGAGAUCAGACAGUUCAUGAUGGUCCUUAAUCACGGCUGUCCUUUGGAACAGUGACCUGAAAGCCUCAGAGACAGCACAGAGCCAUGAAAACCAGUAAAUGUGACCUUCCUCUUGGGAACCUGCCAAAAAUGUUAGACGUUCCAGUGUUGGGUCUGUUUAUUAGAGGCUGAUACUGACUCCGGAGAUGGUGAAAUAUCAAACUGAGAAAAAGCUUCUCCUCAAACCCUGAGUCUCCUGUGACACGGAGGACCUUGAGUAGCCCAGCUGGGAACUGACAGCCCCUUGUGGUUGCAGUUCUCCUGUGUCAUGCACAACUGGUGCCUGAGCUGUCUCAGUGUUUCUCAUGCUCAGUGUUCUCCUUGCCCGUGAUGGUAUCUGAGCCUAUGAGUUUCUUCUGCUGGAUAUUUGCCACGUUUCUCCUUUUCCUUUCCAACCACUGCUGUGGAAUAGUCUUCCCCCACCCUUUUCCGAUUCUGCGCAGAGACAUUACAACAACUUAGCAGACAUCCUGCUCAGGAACAUUUGACCUUAUGUCAUCUCUGUAAUUAGAAGUUGGGAUCAGCAUCAUCUUCCACAGCAGCUCAGACUGGCCCAGCACUGGCAUUUCCUCAGGGAAGAGACAAGUGGUAAGGUUAUGGCUCUAAUUUAUCCUCAGGUUCGUAUUAUCCACAUCAGUCCUUGGAUGAGAAGCAGUUAAAGAUCUCCGAUCUUCUCUGAUUCCUACCACACACCCCUUACAGCAGGCAGCAAGCAGUCUUUGCCAGCCUUCAUGCAAAGACUGUAAUCUUGCAGACUUCUUUUAGUACUGCAUUUCCCUGUUAUUAUUUCUUCCACCUUAUGUUUCCUAGUGCUGGCACAGCACUCGAUAUGCCUCUUUGCAUAGGCAUGUUUUUUGUGAAGGAAAAUUUGAUUCACUGCAUGCAAAACUCCAUCCUAGAUAGAAAUUCUGCCUUUGAGAAGUACUUUCCUUUCCUAACCAGAAUAGCAUGUGACAAUGCUGAAAGGAAAUCUCAGUAAUUACACUGUACUGAAGGCUCUGGUUAUGGUUUUGGGAGUUUUUCCUCAUCCUGCAGCUGGACUGUGCUUUGUUCUGCUGACACAUGUGAAUAUACCAUCAGGCCCACGGAAAGAGUGUUGCAUGUAUGUCUCAUCCAUAUGUUGACUUACUCUCUCAGGAGUGUGAGGCAGGAAAAUUUCCUACUUUGUUGUCACACAGGUAGUGAGUUUCCUUCUUUCUGCCCUGUGCUGCUUGGUCCUGCUGCCAUAACGCUAUCUUCUUGCUUGACUCAAGCCCUUAUUGAUUUACUCUUUGUGCUUAGACCUGCACCAUCACAGAAUCACAAACUGGUUGAAAUUGGAAGGGGCCUCUCAAGAUCACCUGGUUCAACACCCCUGCUCAAGCAGGGCCACCAAAAACCUGUUCCCCAGGACCAUGUCCAGGUGGCUUUUGAAUAUCUCCAAGGAUGGAGACUCCACCACCUCACCCGACAACCUAUGCCAGUGCUUAGUCACCCUCAAUAUAAAAAAGUGUUUCCCGAUCUUCAGGCAGAACUUGAUGUAUUUUAGUUCAUGCGCAUUGCCUCUUGACCUGUUGUUGUGUUACACUGAGCUAGGAGACACCAUAACUCACAUCUCUUCAGCUAAUUUAAAGAUUCACAGUCCUGUGUUGCCUCUGUUCCUGAGCAGUCAUAUUCAGGGACUAUUCAGCAGUCCCUUUGCCUUUUGGGAGGGUAUCUACGCUCUCUGCGGUUAGAGAGGGUUGCCUGCUCAUUGAGUCAGUUCCCUGACCUGCUGUUUGCCAGUUUUUCUGGACCUGGUAGCAGAGAGAGUGGAAUAUGGAGCAGAAACCCCUGAGCUGGUAGCCUGCAAGUCUGCCUGGAUGGGGGAGCUGCCUUUGUGCUCUGAGGCUCUGCAUGGGAAACCGCUGUGAAUACCCGUGGGACGUGCCUGGAUCUCAGCUGAUCCAUCCACAUGAUGUGAGGCCACAGGGUUUACCACCCAGUUCAGGAGCUUUCGGGUUGUAUUCCACUGUGCAGGAUAAACAUGUCCAGAGCAAUCCAGACCUGAUGUGGGCAGCUGAUCUGCCUUCCUGGGUGAGAACAGUAUCACCUCUGCAUCUGGCCCAGCAUUCUGCACCAGGAGCAGAACAGUUGCUUGCUGGAGUCUAUCCCGUUUGUCUCCUAGCUGUCAGCCUCACCUCCAGUCCUUAUCCUCAAACCAAGGAUGCUCAAACUCCCCAUUUAUUGUCUCAGCAAGCUGAAAACGAGGAGAGUGUGUGUGAUUAUGAAUGCUGCAGGUGACAGAAUGUAAACCCUUCAAUUCCAAAUGGGUGACGAGGCUCAGGAGCAGGUGGAAGGGGUGGGUGUGCUCCUUGUCUGGGAAACACGGGAGCCAGGGCCCUCACUGAGGGUGCAGGGGGGCUGCACACACAGCUUAUGCCCCUUGUGUCAUUUAAACAUCUGGCAUUGGGGAAAUUCACGACAACUUUACAACUGUUGUAGUCAAUCCUCCUGCAUAAAAUGUUUUCAGUUUUUAAAUAACGUAUUAAAAAAAAGAGUGCUGAAGCAAUUGCAGUUUAAUUAAAACUCUGUGUGUUUGAUGUGCUGAAUAAAAAGCACCAUUUCAUUUUC